AUGGACGAUCUCGUGGUACUUUCAGACGACGAUAGCGACGAAUUAGAUAACAUUGAACUGAUUAAUGCCAUUGAACAAUUCGAACAAAAUCAAAAUUCUUCAAUUGCAUCACAAAAUCAAGAUGAUGAAUUAAUCGCUAUUGAAUUAGAAAUAUCUGAAAUCGACUUAGAAAUCAAUCGACUUCGCCAAAAACGUUUUCAAUUAGCUGAACGACAACAAAAAUUGAAAGAUGCUCUUAAACAAAAUCAGCAAUCGACAUCAAAUAUUAAUUUAGUUGAACAAUGGCAACAGACUAAUUUUCCAUGGAGUUCAAAUGUAGAGAAAGUUCGUACAGAAAUAUUUAAAAUAAAUUCAUUUCGACAAUGGCAACUUGAAACGAUUAAUGUUACAUUAUCUGGUCAUGAUUGUAUUUUAAUUAUGCCAACAGGUGGUGGUAAAUCCCUAUGCUAUCAAUUACCAGCUGUCGUAUCUGAUGGUAUCACAAUUGUGGUAUCACCAUUGAUAUCUCUUGUUGAAGAUCAAGUUUAUGCAUUACGAAAUUUGAAUAUAGAUGCACGUGCUUUAAAUACAUCGACGCCACGUGAUGAACAAACUGAAAUUUUGCGUAUACUUGAUGGAAGAAAUAAGACAGAAUCAACUUUAAAAAUUCUUUAUUUAACACCAGAAAAAAUUGCUAAAAGUAAAACAAUAAUGGCAAAAUUGCAGAAACUUUAUGAAACAAAAAGAUUUGCAAGAUUAAUUGUCGAUGAAGUUCAUUGUGUUUCACAAUUUGGACAUGAUUUUCGGCCAGAUUACAAAUAUUUAUCGAUAUUUAAACGACAGUUUCCAAAUGUAUCAAUAUUAGGUUUAACAGCAACAGCCACAACAAAAGUUAUGAAUGAUGUACGACAGAUCCUUAAAAUUCCACAGAGCAUUAUAUUUCGUGCACCAUUUAAUAGAAAAAAUCUUUUCUAUGAAGUCGUACAUAAAUCAGAUGUUGGAAAAGAUGCUCUAACGGAUCUUGUAAAUUGUAUUCAACAUCGAUUUAGUAAACAAUCGGGUAUUGUUUAUUGUUUAUCACAAAAAGAUGCAGAAGAUGUCUGUUGUGAACUACAAAGAAAUUGUAUAAAAGCUGGCUGUUAUCAUGCGGGACUUUCGGCUCUUUCUCGUACUCAAGUUCAUGAGAAAUGGCUAAAAAGUCAGGUUCAUGUCAUUUGUGCAACAAUAGCUUUCGGAAUGGGUAUCGAUAAACCUGAUGUCCGUUUCGUUAUUCAUCAUUCGUUAAGUAAAUCGAUUGAAAAUUUUUAUCAAGAAAGUGGACGAGCUGGUCGAGAUGAUCAAACAUCACAUUGUAUUCUGUUCUUUCGAUUCGGCGAUGUUUUUCGUUUAGCACCAAUGGCAUUUUCAGAUAAAUCAGGCAAUGGUCUAACCAAUCUUUAUUCAAUGAUAGCCUAUUGUUUAAACGAAUCUGCCUGCCGUCGAAAAUUAAUUGCUAAAUAUUUUGAUGAAGUAUGGCAAUCACAUGAUUGUAAUCAGAUGUGCGAUGUAUGUUCUCGACCAUCGACGUACAUAACAAAAAGAAAUUGUCAUCAAGAAGCAUCAAUGAUAGUUGAUUAUUUAGAACGAAAUAAAAAGCAACGUUUUACAGCAUUAAAACUAGUUGAACAGUUAACAAUAAAAACAAUGAUUAAAAUUGAUAUUCAACGACUUAUUUUACAAAUGAUUACUGAGCAAUACUUAAAAGAAGAUUUUCAUUUUACAUCCUAUGCAACUAUCUGUUAUAUUGUAACAGGGCCUAGAGCUUCUUAUGUGUAUGACAAUGAUUGUGAAGUUAUGUUAGAUAUGAUUGAAAGUACAAAGAAACGAUCAUCGAAUCCAACAAAAACUCAGGAGAAACAGAUUGUUAAAAAGACGACUUCAAUAGUAUCUACACAUCCCGAACCACGACCUAAAUUACGAUGGACUACUAACAUAGAUUCACGUACAAAAUCUGAUACUCGUAAGAAACGAACGUUACAAUAUGAUGAUGAUGAUGAUGAUAUGGAACAAACUGAAAAUACUUCAUUAGCUAAACGACAAUCGUCUUUAGUCUCAAAUGAUCCUGAACCAAAAAUAAUUACAAGUCAACAAUCCGUAAUUGAUGACGAAGAACUUGACUUUUUGUAA